UUGUUUCCGUCUACUGUAGAAUUUAUUGUUGCUGACUGAAGAAAAGAAAAAUACAAAAAGCUUCAAGCUGAAAUUUUCUAAGUGGUGAAAGUCAUGGCAGCAAUUACCCAUGAAACCAUAGAUACUGUGUAUAGUGCGGACUCUGUUGAAUGGUGUCCUGUAGAAGGUUUCCAGGACUUAAUGUUAUGUGGUACAUACCAGCUUGAAGAGGCAAAACAGGAUGAAUGUGAUGACAAGAAAGGACAAGUGAGAGUUGGUCGUCUGUAUCUCUAUAAACUUGAGAACCAGUCCAGUGUUCCUCGGCUGAAUCUUUGUACCAGUCUAGAUAUGCCGGGAAUUUUAGACGUCAAGUGGUCAUAUCAGCUUUUACAAAGUGGACCAUGUUUUGCUGUUGUAAAUUCAGUUGGUCAGUUAAAAGUGUUCACUGUAAAUGUUGACAAUGAGAUGGAGAUGGUCACAGAGGAGAUAUUGGAUGAAGACUGCCUUGGAUUGUCACUGGAGUGGGAUAACAUGUUAAGUGCAAGAAAAGAAGCAAGAAUAGCAAGUUCAGAUUCCAAAGGUGGCCUUCAUGUACAUCAGAUGUGUGAGAGCUGUAUUAGGGAGCUGGUUUCCUGGAAAGCUCACGACUUUGAAGCCUGGAUCUCGGCUUUUGAUCAGUGGAAUACUGAUGUUGUUUACUCAGGUGGUGAUGACUGUAAACUGAAGGUAUGGGAUCUUCGAAUAGAACCACAAAGUCCAGUACUGACUAGUAAAAGGCAUUCUAUGGGUGUUUGCAGUGUUCAGAGUAGUCCACGACAGGAAUACCAGCUGGCUACAGGGAGUUAUGAUGAGAACCUAUUGCUAUGGGACAGUCGCAGUAUGAAGCAACCUUUGAGAGAGUUGAAACUUGAUGGUGGCGUGUGGCGGAUAAAAUGGGAACCAGCAAAUGCGAGGCAUAUUUUAACAGCUACAAUGUAUAAUGGUUUCCAUGUCAUUGAUACAUCAGAGACAGAGUUGUCUGUACUUUUAAAUUAUAAAGAGCACCAGUCUAUUGCAUAUGGAGCAGACUGGUGCAGAAUUUCCAACAAAACACAGUCACAGUCUAACUCAGCACCAGGUGAAUACAUCAUUGGAACUUGCUCAUUUUAUGAUCAUACCCUUAAAUUAUGGACAUAUCAGGCUGCUAAUAAAUAAUCAAACUAAA